AUGGCCAAGCGCACCGCCGAAACCGAGCACGGCGAUGCGCCUCUCAAGGGCGGCGACCGCCCCGAGAAGAUGGACGUCGACGACAACCACAUGGGCGAGUUCGAAGACGAGUUCGAGGACGAAUUCGAGAGCGAAGACGAGAUCUUCGAGGCUGGCGUGGACGGCCGGCCAGAUGCUGAGCGAGAGGCCGAUGAGAAGGCCGCUGACGCCAUGGACGUCGACCAAGGAACCUUCAUCGUCGGACGAAGCAAGCUCGAGCCCGGCCAGACCCUCGCCCCCGAUCUGACCACCUACGAGAUGCUGCACAACCUCAGCACUCCCUGGCCGUGCCUCUCCUUCGACAUCGUCAAGGACGGCCUGGGAGAUGCCCGCAAGGCCUAUCCCGCCACCAUGUACACCGUUGCCGGCACCCAGGCCGAGUCUGCCAAGGCUUCCGACAACCAGAUCAUGGUCAUGAAGUUCAGCGGCCUCAGCAAGAUGGACCGCGGCGACGAGUCCGACUCGGACGGCGACGACGACGAGGACUCCGACCCUAUUCUCGAGAGCAAGUCCAUCCCCAUCAGCUCCACCACCAACCGAAUCCGCUCGCACCAGAUCCCUAGUCAAGAGCUCGGUCGACCCCAGACGACCCUCACAGCCACCAUGACCGAGUCUUCCAAUGUCUUCAUCCACGACAUCACCCCCCACCUGGCCUCGUUCGAUAACCCGGGCACCACAAUCUCGGCUCAGCAGAACAAGCCUAUCUCUACCAUCAGGGCCCACAAGAGCGAGGGAUACGCGCUGGACUGGUCGCCCACCGUCCCCGGCGGCAAGUUGCUGACCGGCGACAACGACGGCCUCAUCUACAUGACUUCCCGCACCGACGGCGGCGGCUGGGUCACCGACAACCGCGCGUUCCAGGGCCACACCAGCAGUGUCGAGGAGCUGCAGUGGUCGCCGUCUGAGCAGUCUGUCUUCGCCUCCGCGUCGAGCGACGGCACCAUCCGCGUUUGGGACGUGCGAUCCAAGUCGCGCAAGGCCGCCAUCACCGUCCAGGUGUCCAACGUCGACGUCAACGUCAUGUCGUGGUCGCGCCAGACCUCUCACCUGUUGGCCUCUGGCGACGACAACGGCGUGUGGGGAGUGUGGGAUCUGCGACAGUGGAAGGCCGACGCGCAGAAGCCGCAACCCAUUGCCAGCUUCGACUUCCACAAGGAGCAGAUCACCAGCGUUGAGUGGCACCCGACUGACGACUCAAUCAUGGCGGUGGCAGCGGCCGACAACACGGUGACGCUGUGGGAUUUGGCUGUCGAGCUGGACGACGAGGAGAGCAAGGACACGGCUGGCGUCAAGGAUGUGCCGCCGCAGCUGCUGUUUGUGCACUACCUCAAGGACGUCAAGGAGGUGCACUGGCACCCGCAGAUCACUGGCAGCCUGGUGGCUACGGGCGAGGAGUUUAGCGUCUUCCGAACGAUCAGCGUAUAA